AAUUUAGUUACAAUAGUUCAUAAAGGAAAAAUAUAUAAUGAAGUAUCAGAGUACUCAAGGGUUUAUGCCAUAUUUCACAUUUGAAGAUACAUUAUACAAUGGUUGGUUACAAAAUAAUGGUUUAAUUGUACCUGUUUGUGUGCCUAGACUAACAAAUGAUGAGCUCCUCAAGUUUUGCAACCUUUCAUACAAAGAAGUUUGUUUGAAAAUAUUAACUCUGUUUAUUGAUUCAGAUUUUAUUUCUGAUGUUGAGUUAAAAGCUAUCAUAGAAAAAGCAGUUAGUGUUUUUCCAGAAAAUGUUGCACCUUUAAAAGAACUUUAUCCUGGUGCUUACAUUCUUGAGUUGUUCCAUGGCCCAACUCAUUCAUUUAAAGAUCUUUCUCUUAGUCUUGUUGGACCUCUUUUAAAUCAUUCUUUGGAAAAAAGUGGUAAGCGUGGAAUUGUGUAUGUAUGCACUUCAGGGGACACAGGGAGUGCUGCCAUACAUGUAAUGAAAAAUCAACCUAACCUUCAUACCAUAGUAAUGUUUCCAGGUGGAAAUAGGAUUAGCAAACUGCAACGUCAGCUUAUUACAUCUGUUAAUCAUAAGAAUAUUCACACAUUUAGUGCUGAUUGUUCAUGUGAUGACUUUGAUUUCUUCAACCAAAAAGAAUUUGUUCCUAACUUAAAAAAAAGAUAUCCUAAUAUUGUUGUGACAUCAUUGAAUUCAUUACUUUGGUCAAGAAUAUUGGCACAAAUGUGUCACAUUGUUUAUGCAUAUUGUAAUACAUCUUUUAAUUUGCAACCUUUAAGAAUUGUUAUCCCAACUGGAGGAGCAGGACAUUUAACUAGUGCUGUGUUGGUGCAAAAACUUGGUUUUCCUAUUCAUAUUGUGGCAGCGUCCAAUGACAAAAAUCCUAAUCUUUAUAAUUUUUUAUCUGGUCAAAGUAUGUCAAAAACUAGUUCAGUCACACAAUCUUUUACUGUAGCAAUGGACAUUCAAUUUCCUUGUAACUUGGAUAGGCUUUUAUAUUUUUGGAGCGAUGGCUGCACAGAUACUGUUAAAAAAAUAAUGGAUAGCUUUUAUAGCGGUAUACCAACAAAGGCUGAUCAAAAACUACUUGAGAAGAUACAAGACAGUGUGACCCCUAUGUCUGUUAAUGAUGAUGACGUUAUUGCAACAAUAAAAAGAUGCUUUAAAGAAACGCAGUAUAUUCUGGACCCGCAUACUGCUCUUGGGUUUUCACACUACUAUCGAGACAAAGUGGAUAACUAUCCAACAGUUUACUGUGGUUGCGCCUCUCCAAUCAAGUUUGUUGACACGCUUUACAAAGCUGAAAUUCCUGUUCCAAAGUAUUUCACUGAAUAUGUUCAUAAUAAAGAGUUGAAUGAUGAAUACUGUCAUGCUUGUCCACCUAAAAAAGAAGAUUGGUGUAACUACCUUUUAGAUUACAUUUCAAACAAAAUAUCAGAAAGUUUUAAAUAGCUGGUCUGUGUUUGGAGAUUAUGGUUUAUUGGUACUUGGUCUGUACUGGUGUUACAUAUAUGGUGUUUUAAGAACAUCCUAAUUGCACUUUAUAUUUGCGGUUUAUAUUUGUAAACAAUUAUAACAAUCAUUUUAAUAAUAAUUAUAAAUAUUUAUAUUAA